AUGGAGAUCUCGACCGAUGUUGUUUUGGAGGAAAUAACAUGGCGAUCUCCUCAGCACGUCCAGUUGAUGGGCGGCUUCAUCCACUCCAACAACGUUUUAUUCUACUUUGCUGAAUCUCCCUUCUUCGACUCCACAUCAAAUAAUGCGACUCUCACAUUGCAAGCAAUGCAUAAUGAGAACUUUCGACAGUUUAUCGAGACGCGCGAGGCAUUCGAAGGGAGAUUGAAGACUAUGCAAGGGUUGGAAUUUGUAGUGGCUCGUGAUCCGAUAGAAGAGGCCGCUGCUGCUGUGGCGGCAGGAAAUGCGCCUCAGGAGCCCUCAAAUAUAUGGGUAAUUAGGAAACAGAAUAGACGACGGCUGCCAGGGAUGCAAGAAGACGUACAAAUAUUGGCUACGUACUUCGUCGUAGGGGAUUCUGUUUACAUGGCACCAUCAUUGAUGAGUGUGGUGGGACGUAGAAUGCUUUCUACAGUUACAUCACUCACAAAGAUACUUCCGGUUGCUUCGAAGGAGCUGCUCUUUAUGCCAUCUCAUGGCCACACAUACACGGCCCCUAUUCAAAGACAUACUGAGCCAAGUCAAGUGGGCGUACCCCAAUCUGCGCAGGCAGGAAAAGAAGCUACACCCGUCCCCGGUCCCCAAAAUACCUCGACUUCGCCAUCGUCUUCCAAGCUAAGCGCAGCAGCAACCCAAGACAUGAGGAAUCUUUCGGACGCACUUAACCUUCUCUCUCGCUAUGGAGAUGAGUACAUGGAUGAGAUGCCGCUGGUCGGUGAGCCAGGCUCGUUCAUUAUCUCGAAGAACGCUGGGAACUCUAGCAACACAUUGGCAGUUCCGGGAACUGAGCAUUCCGGGGCCAGUGGCGCAACGGCCAAAUCUGUUGCUCGAUCGCCAUCAGGGACCCCGGUGCCAAAGCUAGGAGGACCAGACACGCCUGGUGCUUCGCCUGCACUAGGAGGUGUUUCUGACUUUAACCAGCCCGCCGCAGGGAAGGGCAAAAAAAGGGCUAUCAACAAUAUUCUGUGAAGAUACUCUGCUGUAUAGAGGUGCU